CCACUGGAAGAUUAAGCAGUUUUAGUCAGCCUAGAUGUUUUAGAGCUGUAGGAUCAAAUGCCUUCCUAUCAAAAUAAUCACGAGGGAUCAAAAGCCAACAGCAACAAAAGUCAGGACCAGGACCCAGAUACCUCCUUCCUCAGAGGGUCUCACAGAACUUUGCCCAUGUGGGGCUCUAAGGGAACAUGGAGGAGCUAAGCCAAGCCCUGGCGAGCAGUUUUUCAGUCUCCCAAGACCUGAACAGCCCCUCGGCGCCCCACCCUCGCCUGGCCCAGUACAAGUCCAAGUACAGCUCCCUGGAGCAGAGCGAGAGGCGCCGGAAGCUGCUGGAGCUUCAGAAGUCCAAGCGACUAGACUAUGUGAAUCAUGCCAGGAGAUUGGCUGAGGAUGAUUGGACGGGAUUGGAUAAUGAGGAAGAUAAGGAAGAGGAAGGCAUGGACAUUGACACUGGCAGGAAGCUGCCAAGGCGCUACGCUAACCAGUUAAUGCUCUCUGAGUGGCUGAUUGAUGUCCCUUCAGAUCUGGGGCAGGAAUGGAUUGUGGUGGUGUGUCCUGUGGGAAAAAGAGCCCUUGUUGUGGCCUCCAAGGGUUCUACUACAGCUUAUACCAAGAGUGGAUACUGUGUCAACAGGUUUCCUUCCCUUCUCCCUGGAGGCAAUAAACGGACCUCAUCCACAGGAAAAGACUACACAAUCCUGGACUGCAUCUAUAGUGAACUGAACCAGACCUACUAUGUUCUGGAUAUGAUGUGUUGGAGGGGACACCCUGUCUAUGAUUGCCAGACUGAUUUUAGAUUCUACUGGAUCCAUUCAAAGUUACCAGAAGAGCAGGGACUUGAAGAGAAAACCAGGCUUAAUCCAUUUAAGUUUGUGGGUCUGAAAAAUUUCCCGUGUACCCCAGAGAGCAUAUGCAAGGUCUUAUCCACGGAUUUCCCCUUUGAGGUGGAUGGACUUCUCUUCUAUCACAAGCAGACCCACUAUAGCCCAGGGAGCACGCCCUUGGUUGGCUGGCUGCGCCCGUACAUGGUGUCCGAUGUCCUCGGCAUGACGGUGCCCGCUGGCCCUCUGACCACCAAGCCCGACUAUGCUGUGCAUCAGCUGCAGCAGAUCAUCGAACACAAGAGGAGCAAGAAAGAAGCCGGGGCAGUGAAUCCGAACGAGGCCUCUGAGAACGGACGCUAUGAGCUGGAGUACCUGUCCACCCCCAAGUUAGCCGAUGGUUCGGGCAGCCAGAUCGAAGCCACGAGUCUCAUGGAAAACUGAACUCUCCAAGGGACCAGGAAGAGCCCACGCCUGCACCCUCUGAACUGCUCUUCCCAUGGCUUGUCGCAUGCGUGACGGGUGCCUGAGGCCCAGAGACGAGACUUGAGUCCAUCCCAUUCAGCCAGACACACCUGGGGCCCGAGAAGCUGAGCUGAGACCCCUGUUCCCUGGCAAGGAAAGGAAAUGUUCCCAGGAUGCAGAGCGCUUCCUUGCUAGAUCUCAUAUCCUUGUCCUGGGCGGACGGUGCUCGGGCAGAGUUGAGCGAUUCCAUCUGCUAAAAGUCUAUCUCAGACAUGCUAUGUAAACAUAUGGAAUUUGUAAGAACUAA